UCUCACACACACACACACAAACACACACUACAGAAGACUGAUGGGUGACAGAGCUUCACACAGUAGCAGUGAACGCUGCGCUGGAGAGGAGGGGUGACGAGGAGCUGUCUAGUGUACACUACAGUAAUGAGAUUAUUUAACUCCCAAAGCUUCUUCUAAAUAGUAAUAGUUGCGCUAUUUCUCGCGCACCGCUCCACAUGUGCUCGCGUGUGCGCGCUCGAGGACUCGUCUGCUCCCUCUUUCUGCUCGACUCAUGCAUGGAAAAGCGUAGCGUUUAAUAUAAUUUUUUAUAUUAAACUGCUUCUUGGAACUUCCCUGGCCAUAUGCGCACAUGACUUUUUUUGAUACAGAAGAGGUGGAAGGAGGUUAUAUUUGUUUUCGUCUGCAACUUCUAGGGCUGAACUUUUUUCAGCGCGGUUGAGCAAAACAGACCCCGCGAGACAUGGAGAACAACACCGACUCGCAGAGCAGCACAGAGGACGUCCGUAAAAGCGGGUAUCUCCGCAAACAGAAAUCCAUGCACCGGCGGUACUUUGUGCUUCGGACGGCUUCGGAGCGCGGCCCGGCUCGACUCGAGUACUACGAGAGCGAGAAGAAAUUUAGAGGUAAAGCGCCCGUGCCUAAAAAGGCUUUGGCGCUGGAGACGUGCUUCAACAUCAACAAACGGGCCGACUCGAAGAAUAAACACAUGAUAGUGCUCUACACGCGGGCUGAGAGUUUCGUGGUGGCGGCGGAGAACGAGACGGACCAGGAGGAAUGGUACCAGGCGAUGGUGGAACUUCAAUGCAAGAGUAAAGCACUCUGUGAUAGUGCGAAUGGGGGAGACUAUGGAUUACCAUCCCCUGGUCCUGCCUUCAAGGAAGUCUGGCAAGUAAAAGUUUGGCCUAAAGGUCUGGGCCAAGCCAAGAACCUAGUUGGCAUCUACCGGCUCUGCCUGACUGAAAAGACAGUCAACUUUGUCAAGUUGAACUCUGAUGCAGCUGCUGUUGUGCUCCAGCUGAUGAAUGUGAGGCGUUGUGGUCAUUCUGAAAACUUCUUCUUCGUGGAGGUGGGUCGCUCUGCAGUAACUGGCCCUGGAGAGUUUUGGAUGCAAGUGGAAGACUCUGUGGUAGCACAGAAUAUGCAUGAGACUCUGCUGGAAGCCAUGAAGGCUCUGAGUGAGGAGUUUCGCCAACGUAGCAAGUCUCAGUCAGCUGCCGCCGGAGCGGGAGGUGGCACCACUUCAUCAAAUCCAAUUAGUGUUCCAUCUCGACGCCAUCAUCCCAAUCCUCCACCCAGUCAGGUUGGAUUCACAAGACGUCCACGGACCGAACCACCUGGGACUACCGGAGGAUGUAAUAGCACUUCUCCAACUUCUCGCUACAGUUUUCCCAGAACUCAAACAUCCAAUGAUGGGGGAAAAGUUGAUGAUGGAGGUGGUGCAACAACUGGAGGGAAUGCAACAUUUUCGAAUCCCACGACUAAUGGGUCAUGUUCUAAUACCCCUAUACUAAGAUCAACAUCCGUUCGUGCACCAACCCCGGUCAAAGCACAGCAUGCACUAAUGAGAUCCAUCUCAACCCCUGCUCCUUCAACUGCACCAAGCCUACCUUCUGGAUCUGAGUUUUGUGCAAUAGGAACUGGGACAAGCAGCAGUGGUGGGAUUGGUAAUGGUAGCAUGUACAGUCGAAUGCCUCCCCGACAGCCCUCUGUCUCUGGUUCUCUUAGUGACUAUGGUUCCUCAGAUGAAUAUGGUUCCAGCCCUGGAGAGCAUUCACUGCUAACCCCAACAAUGCAGGCAGAGUCUGCUGGCAGCUCAGGUGGGCAUUCUGUUGGGGAUGUAGCAUCCAACUACAUCCUAAUGGGUCAGAGAGGAGCAUCCAAACCUCAGCCAGGCCAAAAUGCAUUACCCCAAACCAGGAGAGUUCUGAGGCGCUCCUCUAGCAGAGAAGGUGAAGCGGAGGGCAGGAUAAUGAGCAAGCGGGCCUCCCUGCCACCCAUGGCCUUAGAGAGACAUGCACCACACCGUAGAGCUGGUGAAGAAGCUGUUGAAGAGGAUGACUAUGCAAUUAUGACUCACACAAUCACCAGCCGAGAAUCCUUUCAAUCAAAGCAGGAUUCUGGAGCAGCAGCAAGAGCAACAGGCUACUUGGAAGUAGCUGCGGAGCCUAAAGGUGAUGCUGGUAGUGGUGAAACAGGUGUCCCUUAUGUCAUUGGAGUAGCUAAUGGAGCAAUGGAUAAUGGCUACAUGUCCAUGUUGCCAGGAGUUACAGCUCCCCCAGUAUCCCUUUUUCAUUCCCUCUCAGUAACAAUUUCAGAUCCAGACUCAAAAUCUGCUGAUGAUUACAUGGCCAUGACCCCCAAUAAUAGCAUUUCACCCCCACGGCAGAUCCGUCCACCACCUUCUGGCACAGAUGGCUAUAUGAUGAUGUCUCCCAAUAGUAGCUGUUCACCAGACCAACGAGGGGUCCCUACUGUCUGGAUUGGCAGCAGCAGUGCUGAUAGCCGAACUGGCAGUGACUACAUGAAUAUGUCACCUAUCAGCGCCCGCUCUGCCAGUAGUACUCCGCCACCAGCUGAGCACCACACUCCAUCUGAUCUGCAUUCUCAGCAGCCUCCACCUAAGAUGGUAUAUUCCUACUAUUCUCUACCCCGCUCCUACAAACAUAAUUCUUCAACACACUUUGGGGAAGGGCCAGGAAGAGGGAAGCAUUUGGUUAAUGGUGAUAGAGGUCUGGGUGGAGGAAGGGGGCUUAUUAAUAGCAAGGCUAAGCAUCAGGAACCCCCUGUUGGCCGACAUCUGUCCCUCUCAUCAUCCUCAUACUCCUCCAGUUCUGCUAGCAGUGAGAGCCUAGGUGAAGGUGAAGAAAAGACUGUCAAAAUAACAGGAGGAGCAGCAACAAGUACUACUGCAAAGGAUGUUGAGCAAGGAUCCUUGCAGCAAAGGCAAGGGUUUGGAAGGGUAAAGCAAGGACAUCCUGUUCAGAGGGGCAGGCCUGUUAGUCUGUUUGUGGAUGUCUCUAAAGCCAACACUUUACCCAGAGUCCGUGAGACACCCCUUCCUCCUGAGCCUAAGAGCCCUGGGGAGUAUGUCAGUAUUGAGUUCAAGGGUGAGAGGAACCUAAAGGCAGGAGGUAAUGGAACCAGUGGAUUUCGGCAAGAUGCUUCUCUUCCACCCAGUACCCACCGCAACUUACCCAGGCCUAUUUCUUGUGUCACUGGAUUCUUGCCUUUCUCGCAUAGCUCCUCAACCCCUAUCCCUCCAUCAACUGCCUCUGAGUAUGUCAAUAUGGAGCUAGGAGUUUCACCAUCCCCUUCACCCAUCUCCCUCACAUCACUUGGAUUUCCACCAUUUCCCACCCCUCCUGUCACACCUGCAGCAGCCCCUAAAGCUUAUGAUGAGCACAGAUCGACAGUUCUAAAUUACGAUGAUGAAGAGAGUGGGAUGGGACAUAGAAAAACCAUGCAUGUAUCAGUACCACAUCCAGGAGACUCACCCCCAGCCUGUGGUGACUACACAAAGAUGGCCUUUAGCCUGAACUUAGGCAGCACAUUAAAUUGUACAUCACCAAAAGCCACUUUGCCAGACCAGCCUGAGUCAGUAGCUCCAGCCCUAGGUUUGGGACUAGGACUAGACUUUCCACUUGCCAAAAUCCCAAACCCAGAUCAUGGGGCUAAAGUUAUCAGAGCAGAUCCUCAAGGUCGUCGACGCCACUGCUCUGAAACGUUCCAAGCUCCUUCCUCACUUCUUUCUUGCCCUGAUCACACCCAAGUUACAGCCCGUCGGCAUGGUUUUGAGGCUAUGCUUUGGGGGAACAGUGGCUCAGCAGACAUCUCAUCUCAGUACAUCAAUCCUGGACUACCCAGUCUAUCUGUUUCACAGACAUCCUCCAUGGAACAGGGUCUCAAUUACAUAGACUUGGACCUGGCUAACAAGGAAAGCUCCCAUACUGCCACAGAUGGGCAAGCAACUGUCCACACACCUGUUGCCCGUAUCCUUUCCUCUGUGCUGGGUGGAGGACCAGCAGGGGGCUCUGUAGGAACUGGUGUUUCAGGUGGUAGUGCUUCAAACCUCAACAUGUACGCUAGCAUUGACUUCUACAAGUCAGAGGAGUUACGGACACACCAAGGUGGCAGCAAAGAUGGUACAGAGUUCAGUUGCUCAAUUCUGUCUUUGGCCAUGACCGCCCUCCUCAAAUGUGUGCUCACCCUCCAGGGAUGGGAUCUGGCUUCUCUGGACAAACACACAAAUAAACAGUAACAGCAAACAGCACCUGUUUAUAAUGAGGAAUGUUGAGGCUGCAGCAACAUGGAACUCUGGGAAACGGAACACCGGCGCUCUCCCGUGCACCUGAAUGCAGAGCAGAAACAUGGAGUAAGGUGUAAGAACAAAGCCCAGCAAACUUCGCAAGCACUUUUGAAAGACUGCUGCAAGCAACGGGAACAUGCGCCAGAAGAGAAGAGCAACAAACCCCAGUGCUCUCUGGACUCUCAACAGACAAGCACAGGAACCUAUCAGAGAGGACAAUCAAGACAGUGGAGCCAAUGACAAUGACCUUCAACAGAAGAGCAGUUUGUGUCCAAUAUUCAGUGAUUCAGUGAUUCAGUUACAGUUGUUAAAAAGUGCCUCGUUUUUAAUUGUCGCUUUCUGAAUAUAGACUUUCAAUUGUUCAAGAAUUGACUGAUGUGCUUGAAGGUUGCUAUUCUUUAAUUUUUAUGUACAUUUUAUGGAAGGAAAAGGGUGUCUUUAAAGACAUCAACAACACUGAUGGUAAUUCUUCUGCUGAUAAUGAUGAAGAUGAAGUUAUUAUAAAUCUCACAUUGUGUUCUUCAUGGUGUUUAGCUAAUCUAGCAUCACAGAUGUGUUGACUGACUGCUUCAUCAUCCUUCCCUGUUCCUUGUUUCUUUCUUUACCCCCUUUGCCCCGUGCAUGACAUGUUCUGGCCAUGCAUUCAUUAGUACUUAAAAGCCUGUCUCGUUUCUGCAUCUCUUCCCUCCCUCUUCCCUUCACAGAAGCGUCCUGAAAGGAACCAGCAAGAGACAUUUGGCUCAGUGACACUAAGUGUCUAUUUUUACUCUAAGGGUGGGGUGCUUCUGUGAUGGUGUCCUGCGGUAGCUUACCUCCACUGGCACGCAAGGAUGCUAGCUGACCCAUUCCACAUUGGAUUAUACCAAUGAUAGUCCAGAACGGGGGGGUGUAAAGGAUAUCAUUUUGAAAUCAUCCCCUCACACUCCCACAGUGACACCCAUUGCUGGCCAACAGUGGUAAAAUAAAAACAGGAAUGUUAAAAACA